GGCUGACGCGCGCCGCAGUCGGAACCUGAGCUGCGCGGGCGCAGGGGACGGCGCGGGGCUGCCGGGGGCUACAGCUUCUUCGGGGACGGACGACACCGGCGCUCCGGGUCGCGGGCAGCCGCGCGAGGGCCGAGCGGUGGGUGCGGCGUAAGAACGAAUCUUUGUGAUAUUCUACACCUGUGUGCUGAAGACUUUGACCAAAGCUGCUCUCAGCAUCCUGGGAAAAGGACGGCUUCCAAAAUCAGGGAAACUUUCAGGAGAUUCUUUUCCCAGUGGAUCUUCUGAAGAGCAAUGCCAAGAAGACUUUUGGUUUAAAGAAGUCAAAGGAAGAACAAUUUCUUCAGAGAAGAUCUUCUUCAAAGUUUCCCGCAUGAGAUUUAUUUCAACGUUGCACACAAAUCUUUUGUGAAAGAAGAAAAGGAAAUUCAGCUUGUGGGGCUCAGCGGGAGUUCAGCUAAUGCCGCUUAAAAUCAUGCCGAAAAAGAAGUGCUCAUCUGCAGGCAGAGCGCCCCUGAUGCUCUUCCUGUGCCAGGUGAUGAGCGCACUGGAAGUCCCUCUUGAUCUGGUACAACCUCCGACCAUUACUCAACAGUCUCCAAAAGACUACAUUAUUGACCCCCGGGAGAAUAUUGUAAUCCAGUGUGAGGCCAAAGGGAAACCCCCUCCAAGCUUCUCCUGGACCCAAAAUGGGACUCAUUUUGACAUAGAUAAAGACCUUCUUGUCACCAUGAAGCCUGGCUCAGGAACCCUCACAAUCAACAUCAUGAGCGAGGGGAAAGCAGAGACCUAUGAAGGAGUCUAUCAGUGUACAGCUAGGAAUGAACGCGGGGCUGCAGUUUCCAAUAACAUCGUCAUCCGCCCAUCCAGGUCACCAUUGUGGACCAAAGAAAAACUUGAACCAAUAACACUUCGAAGUGGCCAGUCUUUGGUACUUCCCUGCAGACCCCCAAUUGGGUUACCACCACCGAUCAUAUUCUGGAUGGAUAAUUCCUUUCAAAGACUUCCACAGAGUGAGAGAGUUUCCCAGGGUCUGAAUGGAGACCUUUAUUUUUCCAACGUGCUCCCAGAGGAUACCCGGGAAGACUACAUCUGUUACGCCAGAUUUAAUCACACUCAAACCAUACAGCAGAAGCAACCUAUUUCUGUGAAGGUGAUUUCAGUGGAUGAAUUGAAUGACACUAUAGCUGCUAAUUUGAGUGACACUGAGUUUUAUGGUGCUAAAUCACAUAGAGAGAGGCCACCAACAUUUUUAACUCCAGAAGGCAAUGCAAGCCGCAAAGAGGAAUUAAGAGGAAAUGUCCUUUCACUUGAGUGCAUUGCAGAAGGGCUGCCUACCCCAGUUAUUUACUGGAUAAAAGAAGAUGGAACACUCCCCCUCAACCGGACAUUUUAUAGGAACUUUAAGAAAACUCUGCAGAUCGUUCAGGUUACAGAAGCAGACUCUGGAAAUUACCAGUGUAUAGCCAAAAAUGCCUUAGGAGCCAUCCAUCACACCAUUUCCGUCACAGUUAAAGCGGCUCCCUACUGGAUCAUAGCACCUCAGAAUCUUGUGCUGUCCCCUGGAGAGGAUGGAACGCUGAUCUGCAGAGCUAACGGCAACCCCAAGCCCAGAAUUAGCUGGUUAUCGAAUGGAGUCCCGAUAGAAAUUGCCCCCGAUGAUCCCAGCAGAAAAAUAGAUGGCGAUACCAUUAUUUUUUCAAAUGUUCAAGAAAGAUCAAGUGCGGUAUAUCAAUGCAAUGCCUCUAACGAAUAUGGAUAUUUACUGGCAAACGCAUUUGUAAAUGUGCUGGCUGAGCCACCACGAAUCCUUACGCCUGCAAACACACUCUACCAGGUCAUCUCAAACAGGCCUGCUUUACUAGACUGUGCUUUCUUUGGGUCUCCUCUACCUACCAUCGAGUGGUUUAAAGGCGCUAAAGGGAGUGCUCUUCAUGAAGAUAUCUAUGUUUUACAUGAAAAUGGAACUUUGGAAAUUCCUGUGGCCCAGAAGGACAGUACGGGGACUUAUACAUGUGUUGCAAGGAAUAAGUUAGGAAUGGCAACGAACGACGUUCACUUAGAAAUCAAAGAUCCAACAAGGAUCAUUAAACAGCCUGAAUAUGCAGUUGUGCAAAGAGGGAACACGGUGUCCUUUGAAUGCAAAGUGAAACACGAUCACACCUUAAUCCCCACCAUCACAUGGCUGAAGGACCAUGGGGAGCUGCCCAGUGAUGGAAGGUUCACGGUUGACAAGGACCAUUUGGUGGUCGCCGACGUCAACGAUGAUGAUGGUGGGACCUACACCUGUGUGGCCAACACAACUCUGGACAAUGUUUCGGCCAGUGCUGUGCUCAGCGUUGUAGAUGUCCCAAAUCCUCCCUUUGAUUUAGAAUUGACGGAUCAACUCGACAGGAGUGUUCAGCUGUCGUGGACGCCAGGCGAUGACAACAAUAGCCCUAUUACAAAAUUCAUCAUCGAAUAUGAAGAUGCGAUGCAUGAGCCGGGGCUGUGGCACCACCAGACGGAAGUCCCUGGCACGCAGACCACAGCCCAGCUGAGGCUGUCACCCUAUGUCAACUAUUCCUUCCGAGUGAUGGCUGUGAACAACCUGGGGAGGAGCCUGCCCAGCCAGGCAUCGGAGCAGUAUUUGACUAAAGCCGCAGAACCGGAUAAAAAUCCCACGGCUGUGGAAGGGCUGGGAUCGGAGCCGGAUAAUUUGGUGAUCACGUGGAAGCCCUUGAAUGGUUUCGAAUCUAAUGGGCCAGGCCUUCAGUACAAAGUUAGCUGGCGCCAGAAGGAUGGCGAUGAUGAAUGGACGUCUGUGGUUGUGGCAAAUGUAUCCAAAUACAUUGUCUCAGGCACCCCAACCUUUGUUCCAUACCUGAUCAGAGUUCAGGCCUUGAAUGAUGCGGGGUUUGCGCCAGAGCCAGCUGCAGUCAUGGGACAUUCUGGAGAAGACCUCCCAAUGGUGGCUCCCGGGAACGUGCGUGUUAAUGUGGUAAACAGCACCUUAGCCGAGGUGCACUGGGACCCAGUACCUCUGAAAAGUAUCCGAGGACACCUGCAGGGCUAUCGGAUUUACUACUGGAAGGCACAGAGUUCAUCAACAAGAAACAGACGCCACAUUGAGAAAAAGAUCCUCACUUUCCAGGGCAGCAAGACUCACGGCAUGUUGCCCGGGCUGGAGCCCUUUAGCCACUACACACUGAACGUCCGCGUGGCCAAUGGAAAAGGGGAGGGCCCGGCCAGCCCCGACAGGGUCUUCAGUACCCCGGAAGGAGUCCCCAGUGCUCCGUCCUCUUUGAAGAUUGUUAAUCCAACACUAGAUUCUCUCACUUUGGAAUGGGAGCCGCCAAGCCACCCGAAUGGCAUUUUGAUAGAGUACACUUUAAAGUACCAGCCAAUUAACAGCACACAUGAAUUAGGCCCUCUGGUAGAUUUGAAAAUUCCUGCCAACAAGACCCGCUGGACUUUAAAAAAUUUAAAUUUCAGCACUCGGUAUAAGUUUUAUUUCUAUGCACAAACAGCAGCAGGAUCAGGAAGUCAAAUAACAGAGGAAGCAAUAACUACUGUGGAUGAAGCGAUGGCAAGCCGCCAGGUGGAUAUAGCGACUCAGGGCUGGUUCAUUGGUCUGAUGUGUGCUGUUGCUCUCCUGAUCUUAAUUUUGCUGAUUGUUUGCUUCAUCAGAAGAAACAAAGGUGGUAAAUAUCCAGUUAAAGAAAAGGAAGAUGCCCAUGCAGAUCCUGAAAUCCAGCCUAUGAAGGAAGAUGACGGCACUUUUGGAGAAUACAGCGAUGCAGAAGACCACAAGCCUUUAAAAAAAGGCAGUCGAACACCUUCAGACAGGACUGUGAAAAAGGAAGAUAGUGAUGAUAGCCUAGUUGACUAUGGAGAGGGGGUGAAUGGCCAGUUCAAUGAGGACGGCUCCUUUAUUGGCCAGUACAGUGGUAAGAAAGAGAAAGAACCGGCUGAAGGAAACGAAAGCUCAGAGGCACCAUCUCCCGUCAACGCCAUGAAUUCCUUUGUUUAAUCUCUGAGCUCUUUGCCAAUAUCCCAUUUCUCUCAAAUGUUUAUCUUAAGCCCUGGUCUGUCUACCUUCUCGUACUAUGAACAUCAAGGCAGAAAGUCUAUGUUCUUCUGUGUGUUCAUAUGAUGAGAACCGUCAAAGUAAGAACAUAACUCAGUCAAAUGAAAUCUUAAUGUGAACUGCAAUGCAAAGUUCAUUCAACAUAGGUAAUGAAAUGAAAAAUUCAUUUUUCAUUCAACAUAGGUAAUCUUGAUUUCCUAAGAACUGAUAAAAAUAAUACAGCAUCAUCAACAGAUCACGUUCUUCCUUCUUCGGGAUACAGUUCAAUAGGAUGCAUGAAAAAUGCUACACCUUUAAAGGAUAUACCUGUGUAUGUUAUUCAAAUAUAGGUUGAUACUUUGUUUAUACUCUCCUCUGCUGAACCCCUAAAUAUGAAUUCCAUUUUCAUUGUCAAGAGUGUUACUGUAGUAUUCUCUAGAACUUCAAUGUCUUUGUGGACAUUGUCGUGAAAUUGGUGACUUUAUGUCUAGCUGUCAGUCUUUUGGGGAGACUGUUAGGAACAGUGUGUACAGUAUAUACUUGCUAAAUGACUUAAUUAUGACAGGUGCAUUUGCUGAUGCUUACUGAGACUCUCUUACCUGCUCUUUGCUCCUGUUACUCCAUAGACUUCUUAAUCGUCCAGGUAUUACAGUGGUACAGUGUUCUACUUUUUACAUCCUCUCUCUGUUCGGUGGUUUUUAGGCAUAAACAAUGCGUGUUGCAAUGCAUCUUGGCAUUUGUGCCAGACCAAGAGAAUCCCAAACAGAUCACUCCAAUUCAGUUUCAAAAAUUAUUCCAGAAAGCACAGGGCAAGACACAUGCAGUGCCUUCAGACAAUAAGCAUUCCACAACGUACUGCCUUCUGUAUUAUUUGGUACGGUCAACUUGAAGUCCUAGAUUACUGUCAUUGUCUAAAAGUAACUUUGAAAAAACGGCGUUCAUGAAAACUGCAAUGCUGAAGAAAAGGAACUAUGACAAUAAAAUUAGGAAGACAGUUCAUUUUAAGGAGGGUUUUCCCCCAUAUGUAUGAAAGGAAACGCUUUAUCACCAACUGGAGCAAAUGAUGAUUUUGUGGUCUUUUAUGGUUCCUAUGAAAACAAGUCACAUUCGGUAAGAAAGAUGUCAACUUGGUAGAAAAUUGAAAAACAAAACCCAAGUUAUUCCAAAACUAAAAGCUUACAACAGCACACCCACAGGAAUACAUUUUUCUCUGUCUUUAUCUAUGUGGCAGCUUUUGAAACUGCAGCAUUGAACAACGUGUAUAAAAAUUGCAUGGAUGCCUUGCAGAAUCUAAGAAAUCUGACACGUGCUAACAAGGCCGACAGUCAAAGGGAUUACAUCUGCCAUUUGGAAAAUAAGCCGAUGUAUUCUACCAUAUUCAUAAAUAAUAUCUUUCAAAUGGUUUCCUUCCAAAUAUGAAGUUCUAUAACAACCUAUGGUUGAAGGAAUGCUCAGUUUCAUUUGCCAAUAAAUUGGUUUCUCAUAACUUGCAUCAAGUUUAAUUUUAAGUAAGGCUUUUUAUAUGUAGAUAUUUUGUUGAAUUUGUAAAUACACUUCAAGUGUAGAUGCUAUAUGCUUAUAGGUGUUACAUACAAAUAAACAUGCCAACGAUGGUUAUGUUGUUCUGUAUGAGAUGUUAGCUAAUUAACACAGUGCGUGGGAUUGAAAAGCAUUUAUUUAAAUGCCUUUUGGGUUUUUAUUUUCCCUUUUUGCUGUGAAACUGAAAGAGUGAACUAUUUUCCAUAUUGACAGCAGGUUUCUAGAAGAAAUCUUCCAAGCUUUUUGCCUAAGCACAGUUUGAAGUAAUCCCAGGUAAAGAUGGCCCUACAUAGUUUCAUAUCUCCAGUAUUCAUUUUCACAGAUCAACCUUUGUGGUGGAAAUCCAAAAAGACAAAACAGGCUUGCCUUGGCGUCCGAGAGCACAGAGUUACUUAAAAUUUGCCAAUGUGUAGAGGGAACAAGAAAAGUACAGUUUUUCCUCUUUCAUAACGGUAGAUGCUAAAGUUAUCUGUGCAUGAAGGGGUCAUUUCUGUACUAGUGCAACACAGUUUGUGUUAAAAAUUAAAUGUGAUUUUAAAAGUCCCUCUCUCUUUUGUAAUAUAUCAUGUUCCUAGUAGAGUGUGAAUGUCCAAGUAAUGGUUUAUGUAACAGCACAGGCAGAUGUGACUGGAUUUCCAUUGAAAAAGUAACUAUUAAA